UGAGGUACGUGGGCAGGAAGCGGAAGCGCCCAGGGAGCCCCAGCUGCAGCUGAGCGCACCAGAGCUCACUUCCACUCAACGCGGCCAGAGCUGGUGGCAGGCGCCCAGGCACCGAGGCCGGCGGACUGAUGGACCUGCCCUGUGCCCUAGGGCUCGGGACACUGCUGGCCCUGCCAGGGGUCCUGGGCUCGGGCGGCAGUGCUGAGGACAGUGAGGGUUCCAACUCCGUCACUGUCGUCGUGCUGCUGCUGCUGCUCCUGCUGUUGGCCACCGGCCUGGCGCUGGCCUGGUGCCGCCUCAGCCGGGACUCAGGGGGCUACUACCACCCGGCCCGCCUGGGCGCCGCGCUGUGGGGCCGCACCCGCCGCCUCCUUUGGGCCAGCCCGCCGGGCCGCUGGCUCCGGGCUCGGGCCAAGCUGGAGUCGCCCGACGAGGACCCCGAGCAGCCGCAGGACAGGCAGGAUGUGGAAGAAGACUACCACCUGGCCGGCGGCCUGGAGGACACAGAGUCCCUGGAGGAGGAGCAGCAGGCAGGAGAGGGGCCCGGCCCCCAGCAGGCCCCAGAGCCAGCUGACGAAGCAUGUGACAGUAACAUCGAAGGGGGCCUGGGCCUCAGAUCCCAGGGGCCGGCGGGCUCGGGGGGCAGCGCUGAGGCCCUGCUGAGCGACCUGCACGCCUUCGCCGGCAGCGCGGCCUGGGACGACAGCGCCGAAGCGGCAGGGGGCCAGGGCCUCCACGUCACCGCUCUGUAAGAGCCAACGGGGUGGGCCACCCCCGUCACCGUACCUGUGUCCCGAGCUGUCCCGGACCCAGCAUCACCCACACCCCCUCCCCAUGAAGAGUCUCAGAUCACCGCUCCCCUAGCAGUUCUGUCCCCAAAGCUCUGCGGCCCUAUUCCCACCAGGAAGGGACACUGGGCAGCCAUCUGAAAUAAAACCCCUCCAGCCCCGAG